GCACCAAGAUGGCGGUGGCGGGUAAAGGAGCGGUGUCUGCCUUGGUGAAGCCGAUCUUCAGCCGGGACCUGGGCGAGGCAAAGCGGCGCGUGAGGGAGCUGUACCGGGCCUGGUACCGCGAGGUGCCCAACACGGUACACCUAUACCAGCUGGACAUCACGGUGAAACAGGGGCGUAACAAGGUGCGGGAGAUGUUCCUGAAGAACGCCAACGUUACAGACCCACGGGUGAUAGAUAUGCUGGUUAUUAAGGGAAAAAUGGAUCUUCAAGAAACCAUUCACAUAUGGAAGCAGAGGACUCACAUCAUGAGGUAUUUCCAUGAGACGGAAACCCCACGACCUAAAGACUUUCUGUCCAAAUUCUAUGCAGGCCAUGAUCCCUGAGAGAUUGACUCUGUCUCUCCCUUCUAUUACAAAUAAAGUUCUAUUUAGUGGA